UCAGUUUAGUUACCUUGCAGCACAUAUCUCGAAUAUUCAUUUUACAAUUGUUCGUCAACAUAAAUUGUUGUAAAAAAUUCAAAGAAAAACGAAAUAUAUAUUGAAUAAAACGCCGAAUAAAACAAACUGUUUUGGCACUUAAAUUAUUUGUAAACCUAUUCCAAAUCAAUAAGAAACAAAAAAAAAUAUAAUAACAAUUAGUAUGGACGCUACUAAGGAUCAAGGCUUGGUCAUUAAAAUGGCACAGAAGAACAAGGAAACGCAAACAGUCAAAUUAGGUGGCGCAAAUUGGUUUGCCGUUCCACCGAAUGGAGCUGGACAAGAGUUCAAUCAAAUGCCCGCGUUCAGCCGCAUCUCCUGGCAGUUCUACAAGGAUCGCGAGGAGGAGCUCUAUCGUCGCGCUUGCCAGCUGAAGGGCAUUCGAGUGCAGCGCGAGGAGGAGGAUGACUCGAUUGGCUCCGAAGAGGAGCCCUCCAAGGCACACUACCGUUACACCUUGGACGAGAUGAAAAGCUACAAUCCCUAUCGUUUUAUUAAUUUAAAAAUGUAAAAAAACAACAAAAAAAGAAAAACCAUAUCAACUACAUCAGCAGCAGCAGCUGGAGCACCAGCACCUACAACAAGUAACGAAAAAAACAAUUAGGCAACAGCAAACCGCCUCAGAAGAAAAACAACGACAACAGCAUCAACAAGACACCGCUACAACCAUAUCAACACCGUGCUCUACACUACACUACACGUUGAGAGUCUGUUGCCCGCCCCCUCCCAAAUGACUCGAUGUUUUUACACUUUUAUGAUUUCAUAUUUAACACAGAGCACACACAGGAUCAAAUGUGUUUAAUGCUUGUACUCUUUCAUGUUUAAAACGAUUGAUGAUUGUUCAUAAAUGGUUAUAUAACCGA